AUGGCGAAGGUAAAGGAUACAGCUAUGAUUGUUGUUGGUCUUUUGGGCUUUAUCGCCGUUGCGGCCGGUGGCAUUGGCGAGCACGUGCUGGGCCCUAAAAUGACGCCCGAGAUGCAGAAAGCAUGGGGUCUUGCGGUGCAGUUCAACCUCCUGCAUGCCACCGCGUUGUUGGCCGUCUUUACCGCCUUGAAGGGCGUUGAUCCCGACGGCUCUGCCGCCAGGCGUCUCAACCGUGCGUUUCAUCUUCUGCUUUUGGGCACCACUCUCUUCGCUGGCUCCAUUUACGCGAUGGGUUUUGGUGUGCCGGGCAAGGUGAUAGGGCGGCUGACACCCGUUGGUGGUGUGACGCUGAUGCUCGGAUGGCUCACCGUUGCCCUCGCCGGCUUCUGA